ACCUCUCAUUUGGUUAGCAAGUAACUGUAAAAUUUUCCUCCUCAAUUGGUUGUAACUUGAUACUCCUGAUAUGCUCUUCUCAUAAGUAGAAAAUUAAGUAACUUAGGUGUGUGCUGGAGGGUUUUAAGAAAAUUAGUUUUGUAACCUUCAUGUAAAACUGUGUGUGGAAUAAGUUUUAUAUUAGUUUUCCUGCCUUUAUGAACUUGUUAAGUAAUCAAAUCUACACUGAUGCAUAUAAUUGCGGUUACUAGAAGAGGAAUUUACAAUGACCCGUUUCCCUUCUCUGGGAGAUGUUGAGAGACAUUCUGGGAAAUGUAGAAAAUAAUUAAGUGAUGUAAAUGUGCACAAGGAAAUUUGAGGUCUGCUGUUACAAUAAAAAAUAAAUUAUACAAUAUAUCUCCUGAGAUGCAAGUGUGUAGUUAUAUAAUAAUAUCAGAAGUUGAUUUGAACUGUUCUGUUCCAUUGCCAGACUUCCCUUUGGCUCAGUCUCUCCCCACCUAUCUUAAAAGAGUGUGUAGACUUCAUGAAUCAACCUGAGCCCCUGAAUACACUCAUUCAGCAUCACAGACAUCAUGGGCAUAACACUUCACAAGCUUUAUCUUCCUCUGGUGAUGAUUGCAUCCUCUCCAGCCUGUCCUAUCACCUACCAACGUGUCAUGUGGACGAUGACAAAAGAGACACACUUGUCAAAUCUGGAUCCACGUGUGUCUUACAAGAUGGACAGAGAGAUAACUUAUUUGACAGUGAGUCAAAGAAGGAUAAAGAAGAAAAGGAGAUACAGUCAGAAUUGCUUAGCAGUGUGGAAAGAAACGGACAGCAGCAUGUUGAUGAUCCGACUGAAGACCAGGGAGCUUCUGUUGAAGUAAUACUUCAACCUUUUGAUGAAAGUGAGUCGAACGAUGAUGACGGCACGGACAAAAAAUCCUUUCAACAUUUGAAAACUGGCAGUAGGACAUCAGCCAAAACCUUCAAGUGUCUUGUUUGUGGCCAAGAUUUCGGUUCCCUUAACAAACUAAAGAAGCACAAGAUUACCCAUAGUGGUUGCUUUACAAAAAGAAUGAGUCAGUCCGCAAGCCAAAGUAGUUUUUUUGAAAAGAUAAAUUUACACCCUAAACCAAAGACUUGUAUUGUGAAUAAUGCUUGUAGAAGCAAGACUGAGCUUUCAUCUUUAGAAAGUGUCACAACACAUAACCCAUCCAAUUUGAACAGUCUUCCGAACUUUGAGCAGUCUAAUGCCUGUAGUCUCGUUUGUCAUAUUUGUGGGAAGGUUUUCACUUACCCAAAGAACUUUGACAAACACCAGAGGGUUUGUGUGGUCGGUAGUAAACGACAAGCAGAGACAGACCCACAGUGUUCCACAAGCUUGGCUCAUCACUCCAAACUAAACCCAGUUCCCAAGGCCAAAGAGUCUCUCCCCAGUGGGCCUUCAAACGUUGCACCCUGGGAAUCCGUAUCUCCGGACUCACCCCAAGAGCAAACACGUAAAAGAAGCAGGCGUGUCAAACAGUGCUCCGUAUGUGGGAAAAUAUUUACCUGUUCUACUGACUUGAUGAGGCACAUGACAUCCCACUCUGAGCAGAGUCCUUACCUUUGUCCUUACUGCGGGAAAGACUUUGACAACUCUGAAGACUGUGAGACACACCAGGAAGAUAAAUGCAGACUUUCAAACGAGCAUUCACAGGACAAUUCCCUGAGUAACGCAAAUAAAAGGAAUCAGGAGAAUACAGUUUCAAGUGGUAUGGGUGAAGUCCCGAUAAUCACAGAUACAGCCGCCAACUCGCAGGAUAUGCAGCUGUGUAGAUCACCUCUGACGUGUCAGGAAUGUGGCCAGAGUUUUACUUACUACAAGAGUUUCGAGAAGCACCAGAACAAAUGCUCCAAAAGAGCUCCUCGAAGGAAAAAAAGAACAAACGCGAACCCUUUCGUUAUCAAUGCAUGUAAUUUACGACCAGCUGAUAAUACCAACGGGAGCCAUGCCGAAGCAAGUUCAGAAACAGCAAAAACUCCAACCUCUGCAGACCACGCAUACGACUCGCAGGCUAGGUCUCGCACCAUCAAGUGCACCAUGUGCGAGAAGAACUUUUCAGAAAUCGUCCUCAUGAAAAGACAUUAUUCCCAGUCACAUAAAGUCCGAGGCUCAUACCCCUGUCCUUUAUGCAAGAGAACUUUUGUGAGGUUGUGCGAAUUGGUUCGACAUCAGCAAAACAAAAAACUGUACCAGUGCGCCGUCUGCAAGAAAUGUUACACAAAGCCAGGACUACUGAAUGAUCACGAAAAAGUACACACUGCAAGCGUGACACCGCGCAUUUGUGAGACCUGUGGGAAAAGCUUCAAAUAUCUUGCUCAUCUGGUCCUGCACCAGAGAAAGCACAGAGAACGGCAGCCUAGCGUUUGUUCCGACUGUGGGAAACAGUUCAGUACAAAAGACUACCUGAGAGCGCAUAUGGUGAGGCACACAGGCGGUUACCCGUGCCCAGUGUGCGGGAAGAAAUUCUUUCAAAAAACAUACCUUAAAUGGCAUCUGUACAAACACACGGGGCAAGAGCCGUACCUUUGUGACACAUGUGGGAAAGGCUGGCCGAGUGCGGCUCAGCUCAAGCUUCACAUGGUUCAACAUACAGAGGAAAGGCCGUUCAAGUGUGAAGACUGCGGCGUGUGUUACAAGAGGGAAUCGCAUUUGAUGGCUCACCAUAGGGCCAAACAUAUGCGCUUGCGGCCGUUCGUGUGCGAGAUAUGCAGCAAAGCCUUUAGGUUAAACAAUGAGCUGAAAAAACACAUGAUGGUUCACACAGGGGAGCGGCCAUUCACGUGUCCAAGAUGUGGCAAAACAUUCACGAGAAAGUCUCGCCUUAGGGAGCACAGAGAAAAGGCAUGCCUGUAACUUCAUGCUGGUUGUGCACUAUGUAACAGCCUAUGUAUUUUACCAUGUUUAAACGUUUCACGAUUAAUGUGAAAUACUACAUUCUACCACUUUAUACAGAACAUACAUGUACCAUAAGCUCUGUCAUCAACUAUGUCUCAAUAUGUACGAUGACUUUUAUAAUUAAGCUACACAUGUGUAAAUAAACUACAACAUUUUGUCUGAUAUUGUGAAUGAUUUUCAUUCAGUGACAAUAAAAAGACAACAGUGUGUCAAAUCAAAGUCUUUUCUUAAAUGUGCUGAUGUUUAUAAGGAGCAAAAUGCUGUCUGAUAGAAGUAGGAGACAGACUCACAAUUUGGAUAAUUUUGUAUGAAUCCAAUCUGACAAAAAUUGCACAGAAAGAAUAACUGGUGAAACUUACAUUCCCAGGGCUAUAGUUCUGUAACAUCUGUUAUGCUUAAUGACAUGCUUAAAUAAACUCAGAAGACACAUAAUGCAUAGUUAAUUAAUAAACUUUGUUUAAAACUUUGUUCAGACAUUUAUUUUGAUGGGAGUGGAGCUGAAACGAUUUGUCAACAGAAAAUUAAUGGGAAACAUUUGGGAUUAUCUUAAUAAAUGUGGGGAUUUGGAUGCUCUUCAUUGUUUUGUAUGAUUAUAAACUGAAUAUCUUUGGGUUUGGACUGGUGGUUGGACAACACAAGCACUCCAUAAAUGUCCACUUGGGCUUUGGGAAACAGUGGCAGACAUUUUUCACUCAUUUCUAAUGUUUAUAGACCAAAUUAUCAACCAAUUCAUUGAGAAAUUUGAUCAUGGAAGAAGCAGCAUUAGAGAGUAACAGAUAGACAAAAAAAUUGUCU